AUGACUGGACCGGGCGAUCCGGAUCCAGGAGGCGGAGGCGGAACGAUACCAAGUGGUUCUAAUGGAAAGCAAUGGCUGACAUACGAAUACAACGAAACAGACACCGGACCAUACAGGGUGAUCGUUCAGCUGAACGAAAAUCGUGACGACGCACAAAUUAACAAGCUAGCAGUGGGUAAAAUUCUAACGAAGACGAAGGAAUACAAGGUAAACGUACUGAACCUCAAAAUUAUGGGAAAAAACAAAGUGCUGGUAUUGGUAAAAACUCCACAAACGGCAAACAAAAUCCAGGCUGACAAAACACUACGGGCACAAAAUUACAAGGCGUACAUUCCAAAGCACUUCAUGACGGUAGCAGGAGUUGUUACUGGAGUUCCAUUGGAGAUGACACCGGAGGAAAUCUUUGAAAAUAUAACCUGCAAUAUGCCAAUUCUGAGUGUAAAAAUUAUCUACGACAAGAAGCGAAAAACGGAUCAUGAACAAACCACGAACGGAGUGGCACUGUUCAAUUGCUACAAGACAGACGAAUUCGAAAAAUUCCAGUGGAAACUUAACCACAUGCGAGAAGCAGCACAGAAGACACAUGAAGCUGUACAGCAGUUUAACACGUCACAGGAGGUGCUCAGUAUGGAUGAUGAUGAAGAAGAUCAGAUCAACGGAGACCACGCAGGACUAGCACAGAAGAAGAAGAAGAAGAAGAAGAUGGAAGAACUAAACCCGGAAAAUGUUUCCGCCUGGUGCCGUGUCUGUCUCAGCGAAGCAGAAGGUGAACUUAUUCCACUCGAUUUCAAAGUGGAAGAUGUUUCCACUAUUGGAGAUUUAAUAACGUCCUGCAGUGGAGUAGUGAUACCAAAUGAAGAUUCGCUUCCCAAAAAUUGCUGUGAACGAUGUACCGAACGUCUGUUAAGCGCGUACAGUUUGGCAAAGCAGUGUCGAGAAUCUGAUGGGAAACUCCGAACCGCUUGUAGGGAAAAAGAGGACGAUGCUAAGGUUCUCGACAAUGUUCCUUCGGAAAACGACAGCGACGUUCAGGCUUCAGAAACUGAUCAUUCGGAGGUUGAAAAUGCCACAAUCGUUGAUCCGGUUGAAUCGGAUGCCUUGACGACAUGCUGCGCUUGCCGUACGGAUUUUGAAACGGUGACAGCAUUUGCCGAACACAUCGCAACCGUCCACGUGCCGGAGAGAUCUAGUGACGCUUCGAAAAAGCCUUUCCAGUGUGACAUUUGCUUCAAGAGAUAUUUCAAGAAAACAUCCCUGAAUCGACACAAGCGGUUGGGUGCCAUCGGUUCGAAGGUGCGUGUGCUGAAAGAGGAAGAAUCUGCGGACAGUCGAUGUUGUGGUUGUAGAAAAGAUUUCGAUACUGUGGACGAAUUGAAGGAGCAUUCGCGUUUGGAACAUGCGGAUGAUCGGGUGAUUGAUGAAUCGAGACCCUUUGAAUGCGAGAUUUGUUUCAAACGAUACUCGAACAAAGCAUCCUUGAGUAGGCACUUACGAGAGCGCUUUGCUGAGAAGCGACCUCGGAUGGUUCGAAAACUAGCUCAGAACCAGUGCUGUGGAUGUCGACAGAAAUUUCCCACUAGAGAACAACUCGGGCAGCAUUCCAAACAGAUGCAUGAACCUGAUCGGAGGGAUGAUUUGGAAGGAAUAAAACCGUUUGAAUGUGGGACGUGCUUCAGUAGAUAUUCAACCCAGGACGCUUUCACCCGACAUAGGACCUACAUCCAUAUGGACCAAUUGUAUAAAUGUCAGCAGUGCGAUAAGGCCUUCGUCAAGCGAAUCAUGCUUCGUUUUCAUGAAAGGAAAUUCCACAACGGUGUCCAACAGGAAGUCGUCGGUCCAUAUCAGUGUUCCCGUUGUGGCAAAACCUUCAUGCAACCAAGUUCGUUAACUAACCAUGAGAAAGUACACAACCAAAGCGAGCGGUUCGAAUGCUCCAUCUGUCUGAAAACAUUUUUCAGCAAGGGUAAUCUGCAGACGCAUCUCAAGUUGCACGAAAAUCCAUCGCAUGAACGCGAGCCACAGUACGAAUGUCCCGUGUGUCGAUGUCGAUUCAAAACGCCCAACUAUUUGGAGGUGCACGCCAGGGUUCACACCGGAGAGAAACCGUACCAGUGUAAAUACUGCUCGAAGCAGUUUGCCCACGCGUCUGGAUAUAAGCGCCACCUGUUGACGCAUAGUUCCCUGAAGCCGUUUGCCUGUCGGUUCUGCAAUCGAGGCUUCUCGAACCGCCCGAAUAUGUUGAUUCAUGAGAAAAGUCACGGCACCGAACGGGACGCCAAGUGCGACAUUUGCGAGAAGAAGUUUGUCCACGAACGGUAUCUUAAGAAGCAUCGUAAGCGACACUUUUGUAUGGAAAAGAUGGCAUCGAGCGGCUACCGAGGCGGCUACUUUCUACCAGAGCUGUGGUACCACCAACGAGCCGAUCAACGCGAUGAUGUGCAAGCUAUAAGGAUUAAGGGCCGUUUCUUCAACACCAGCAUCAUCAACGUGCACUGCCGACACGAAGGGACACCCGACGACGAGAAAGAAGCGUUUUAUGCGCAGCUGAAUCAGGUGUACGACGACUGUUCGCAACGGGACGUCAAAAUCGACGACAUGAACGCUGCGAUUUGUUCAAUGCAGAGUUGUAACAGGUUGUAUUGGCUAUCAAAAGCAACAGCAAACGCACCGAGAAACGUUAAUUCUAGCGAGUUAUUAACAAAAGAGAAAAUCGACGAAGAGAAUCGAUCAUCGCGUUUACGCCCUUAUGCAUGCUCACUGUCGAUUUUAAUUGUUAAUCCAACAUUCGGCCGAAUGGCAAACACUAGUGCUAUCGAUCCGACGGUGGUCAAACCCGCCGAAGUGGCCCUGCAGCAGUUGGUUACAAAUUUGCGCUGCGGCAUUUGCAGCAAGUUUCCGAAGAAUACCCACAUUUGUCAGACCUGUUCGGAGAUGUAUUGUUAUAUGUGUGUUUACCGGCAGCUGACCACCGGUAGGAAAGGACGCAACAAGUGUAGGAAAUGCCGUGCAUCACUUCGGUUGGAACAACUGAUCAAGCUGCGCUGUUUUGAAACAUUGGACGACAUCAACAUUGAUAUGGCCCGGCUCAGCUUGAACGAUGCUAUCAGCUCGCCUUCGGGCGCUGCUGCUAUGCCCGGAGGAAGUAGUGCUCCUGCGGUCAAUUCGCAUAUUAUGGAUUUUGUUGGAGAAACGAAGGUAAUAUCAGUCGGUAGACAAGAGCCAAUCCAAGGACUUCCACCGGCUGUCCAGGGUACGUUUACCCUGAGGAAUGUUCACCAGUGUCGAUUGCCGUGGGUUUAUUCGGAAAGAAUUGUAGACGAAAUGGGAUUCAUGUGGCGAUUGAGAGUCUCACCAAAAGGAGAUAACCAACAGGAAUCACCGAUGAUGGACGUUUAUGUGGAGAUGCUUCAUGGAGAGCCUGGAUUCUUCGAAAUAAUGCUGGAACUGACGAACUUCGCUCCAAGGGCAUAUUUAAUCCUAACCGAAGCUGACACUGAAACAAUGGCUGGCAAAGAUAUGUUUUUGGUAAACAGCUUGCUGCCUAAAGGAAACGUGAACCUUAAGUUUCGGUACACCGUACGUCCGGCCAGCUACAGGGCAAAGGUUUUACUACAGCAACGACUGCUUCACAAGCAUGCACAACAACUGGUAACGAUGAAAGGAAAUUGCGACAUCUUCAUGUACUGCAUCUACAAUUAUAGAGAAGUUAAUCUGCAAGAUGAAGCUUUCGAGGAAUACACCGAUCAGUUGGAGUCAGUCUGGCAAAUUGGAGUACACGCAAAACACGAUUUUACUGAAUUCUUAUUGAUUUUGGAUAAUGGGCUUCCUGGCAUCUACGAAAUAACGAUCAUUCUGACCCACCCUACUCCCUGCAGGGAGAAGCGACUGCACUACGCUAAAAGAAACAUUCAAAUCAACCAGAGAAAUCUGUUCAACUUUGGUGUACGCUGGAACGAUUUGGACAAGUACGGAUUUGUGCAUGACGCCAAUGAUAUGUUGAUGGUCAAGGUCACCGUUCGGCCACUGCAGGUCGAUUUAAAGCGGGUUCAGCAAGAGUUGGCUGAUUGCGACGACGACGACGACGACGAAGAUGAUGACGAUGAUGACGAAGGCGACGACUACGAAUACGAUGAUGAAUCAGAAUACGACGAUAUCGCUAACUAUUAUUAGACAGAGGCUUUCUUAUUGAGCUCUAUAUAAUACCUAAAGAGGGUCUAGUAUACAAAGCCGUCUCUAAUAUUACAUUCUGACUGCUGUUACCAAA